AUGACUCACAGAGUUGCAAUAGCCUAUCAUCCUCAAACAUCCAGCAAAGUUGAAAUUUCAAAUAAAGAGCUCAAACGGAUUUUGGAGAAAACAAACAGCCUUCAAGACUCUAAUUGGCAUGUCCCUUUUCGGUUAGUUUAUGGAAAAGCAUGCCAUCUGCUUGUGGAGCUUGAACACAAAGCAUAUUGGGCCAUUAAGCAGUUGAAUUUUGAUUAUCAAGUUGCUGGAGAAAAGAGAAAGUUCCAAUUGAAUGAACUUGACGAAUUGAGGAAUGAGGCUUAUGAGAAUGCUAAGAUUUAUAAAGAAAAGACUAAGAGGUUUCAUGAUAGUACAAUUCUUAGAAAGGAAUUCCAUCCAGGUCAGAAGGUUUUGUUAUUCAAUUCCAAGCUAAAACUGUUCCCUGGGAAGCUUAAGUCUCGUUGGUAUGGUCUUUAUCUUGUGGUACAAGUUUUUCCACAUGGAACUAUAGAAAUUCAAAAUAUUCAAAGUGGAAAUACUUUCAAAGUGAAUGGGCUUCGCUUGAAGCCUUACCAUGAAGCUCCAUAUGAUCUCGCCAAGGACACCAUCAAUUUGCAGGAUCCCAUCAUUUAA